GUCCUUCGAGCCGGAUUUAAGUUGUAAGUGUUACAAGUAUCAGGUGAUGAAUCCUAUCGGUAUCCGAAAUUGAGACAAAAAUCUUACCGGUCUAUGUAACUAUUUGUUGUAAAAACAUGAAAAUUAUAAUCAAGUACCUAUAAAUGAAUAGCAGCAAGUAAAGACGGGAGUAACAACAAAGUAAUGACCUCCAAAUUAUUAAAAUUAUCACUUACACGGCUACACCGCUUUAUAUUUGAUAUCCGGUGAGAAUAAUGGUGCAUCCGUUUAUUUAACACUUUCGUUCACCCAACCGAACAUGUAACACGUUAACUCCAGUUUAUCACCCCAUUUGUAAAAUGAAAAAAAGUCAUUAUUAUUGGAGUUUAAUAUUUUUUGUAAGUACAAUAACAGUAAGAGUUUUAAAUUAUUGACGGUUAGUUUCAUUAGACUUAUAUUGACCGGGAUAUAAACCGUGACUUUGACAUCCACCCGCCGUCUUCAGUUUCCCGUGAUCAUGUAAAUCAUGUUGCAUGCAACUGCCUCGAAAUAUCGGGACUUUAAUAAAAAUAAAAAAGGUAAUGACGGUUUUUAUCCCUGUCAAUAUAAGUACAAUAACAAUAUACUUAAUCUUAUUAUAAUUCUUAGGUAGACUUUAAAAGAUGCGAAUUAAACUUUGGUUCGCUUUUGGUGUCUUCGGUUUUAUAAUAUAAAUCGAGAUAAGUGCCACUUUCGUUGAUAUAAACGAAAUCAAGAACAAUAUUUUAAAAUGGAAACAACAGAACGCACUUAAUUUUAGUGAGAUUGGGGCAUCAUCUAGUGGUAUCUUCGACUUUACAGAUGUUAAAAAUAAAAUUCUGCAAUGGAAGAAUCAAAAAUUGGCUGCUUUAUGUCCGACGAAUGGGGCACAGCUACAAAAUUUACUGAAUUUAGUUUGCAGUACAGCUCAACCUACCAAUAUUACAUUGAGAGAUGGAUGUAUAACAUGUUUUUCUAGAGUUACUUCCAUGCCCGAGGGCCCCCAAGAAUUAACUGCAUUAAGCGCCUGUGCCACCCAAUAUUUCGUGAAUACGUCGUACGCUGCCUGCGCGACUGCACUUGCUGCAUUAGCAACUUCAGCCUUAAACGUACAGCCUUCUGGGUGCUUCAUGGGUUAUUGUGAUUUUGUACGUUGUUUAAGGAGAACCAACUCAAUUAAUUUGAUAACUCAAUGUACUCGAGAAGCAAGAACAGGUAUUAAUCUAACACUUGAUGCCGACAACGUGAGAUUUUAUACCAACGUGACUUCUUGUAUCUUGGCUAAGUCACGUUGCAGUACUUAUAAUCCAAUCACUGGUGACCCACAGACCCCAGGAUACACAUCCUCUGGUGCCAGAAUCAGUAACGCUUUACAGUUUUCCGCAGCGGGUGAAUUGAGGAUACUAGCGUUUUCUGCUUCCACACCAGUGUCCAGUUCCUUCUGUUCAUCACCAUCGAAUCUCACGCAAACUAGCUGGCUCACAAAUGUAUGCUAGGACUCGUCUUAACGUAAAAUAAAUAAAGACCAUUGAAGUGUUUUUUCUGCCUUUCCAAAAUGUUCAGUUUGCCCGAUCAAUUUUAGUAACCGAUAUUCUCGCCACUCGACUAACGACUCCUUAACAUAGUCUAAACUAGGCUUUAGCUUGGCACAACCCAAGCACAACCUGUAAAUUUUAAAAAUACAAAUUUCGUAAUCUGUUACAUCGCUAAUUAUGACUAUCUGUGACAUCGAUUCGUCAGAUGUCAAACAAAUGACAAAUUUGACAACUAAACUCAACUGUCAUUUCUUACCCAACAAGAGUCUCGGACAAGUUUUAAACUUUGUUUUGGUUUCUUUUAAUUAAGCCCACCAUUAAUGGAAAUAAUUUCCAGGAAGUGUUAAAGGUUCAUUCGAUUCUGAUCAAUCAAAAUCUUUGAAAUACGGUAUUAUGGGGCGUAAAGUGACAGUAGCGUCGUGCACGCUCAACCAAUGGGCGCUCGAUUUCGAAGGGAACUUGAGCCGCAUCCUGCAGUCGAUCCAGGAGGCUAAGGAGCUGGGGGCCACUUACCGGACGGGGCCCGAGCUCGAGAUAUGUGGCUACAGUUGCGAGGACCAUUUCCACGAGCCAGAUACCUACCUCCACAGCUGGCAGGUCCUGGCGGAACUACUCAAAUCCCCAACUUGCAACGACAUGCUUAUCGACGUGGGUAUGCCGGUUCAACACCGGAAUGUGUCCUAUAACUGUCGCGUGGCGUUCUUUAAUAAGAAGAUACUGCUGAUUAGGCCGAAGAUGAUGCUGUGUGAAGACGGGAACUAUAGAGAGUCGAGGUGGUUCUCUAGGUGGACUAAAGACCGGCAAGUCGAAGACUACUAUCUCCCGCGAAUGAUAACGACCAUCACGGGCCAGAGUACCGUACCUAUCGGAGACGCAGUUAUUGCUACUAAGGACACCUGCAUCGGGUUCGAAAUCUGUGAGGAGCUGUGGAAUCCACAAAGCCGCCACAUCGCGCUUGGUCUCGAUGGCGUGGAGAUAAUCGCCAAUGGCUCCGGGAGCUACAUGGAGCUUCGCAAGGCAUACGUCACCGUCGACCUGGUGAAGAGUGCGACAUUUAAGAGUGGAGGGGCGUACCUGUUCAGCAACCUUCGCGGCUGCGAUGGACAGAGGAUCUACUUCAACGGCUGCUCCUGUGUCGCCUUAAACGGGCAGAUUGUCAGCCGAGGCCUGCAGUUCGCAUUGGUUGAUGUUGAAGUAGUAGUAGCAACAAUAGACCUAGAAGAUAUCCGGUCAUACCGGACCCAGCUUCGCUCCCGUUCCCACCUGGCCGCGUCAAACCCCCCCUUCCCGAGGGUCACAGUGGACUUCGCGUUAUCUGAUGACGACGACGCCUUUCUGACAACAAGUCCGCCUAUUGAUUGGAAGUAUCUGACGCCGGAGGAGGAAAUUGAGCUUGGCCCAGCUUGUUGGUUAUGGGACUACCUUCGCCGUUCCGGGCAGGGAGGGUUUUUCCUACCGCUGAGCGGCGGUGUAGACUCUACCAGUACCGCCUGCAUAGUGUUCUCUAUGUGCACUCAGAUAUGCGACGCCAUACAGAAAGGAGAAAGCCAAGUGCUAUAUGACGUCAGGAAGAUCCUCUGCCAGGCCGAUUACUCACCGUCAGACCCAAUGGAGCUGUGUAAUAGACUCCUAGUGACAUGCUACAUGGCCACAGAGAACUCUAGCCGGGAGACCAAGCAGAGAGCGUCACAGUUGGCCAGCCAAAUCGGCAGCUACCACUUCCCGAUCGUGAUCGACGCGGCCGUGAGCGCCGUGCUCGGCAUCUUCACCGCCGCCACCGGCCUCGUGCCCAAGUUCCGCGCCGCGGGCGGCUGUCCGAGACAGAACCUCGCCCUGCAGAACAUACAGGCACGUCUCCGAAUGGUGCUAUCAUACCUCUUCGCGCAGCUAAUGCUGUGGGCGCGCGGCCGGCCCGGCGGCCUGCUUGUGCUGGGCUCCUCCAACGUCGACGAGGCCCUACGAGGCUACAUGACCAAAUACGACUGCUCCAGCGCCGAUAUUAACCCCAUUGGAGGCAUUUCCAAGACAGAUUUGAAGGCGUUCCUGCUUUACGCUAAGAGUCGGUUCUUCUUACCCUCACUAUCCGAGAUACUCCAAGCCCCGCCUACAGCUGAACUCGAGCCGCUAACAGACGGUCAGAUCACCCAGACCGACGAGCAAGACAUGGGCAUGACGUACGCCGAGCUAUCUGAGUUUGGACGACUCCGCAAGGCGCAGCACUGCGGCCCGUAUACAAUGUUCCAGAAACUGGUGCACAAGUGGGCUGAUAAGUGCACGCCUCAUGAGGUCGCUGAAAAAGUGAAGCACUUCUUCCGUUGCUACGCGAUCAACCGGCACAAGAUGACGAUACUAACUCCAUCAUACCACGCCGAGACGUACAGUCCGGACGACAACCGCUUUGACCAUCGCCCCUUCCUAUACCGGGUACAUUGGAGCUGGCAGUUCAAGGCCAUCGACGAUGCUGUUGCACAAAUGACGAAGCAAAAGGGGCUGAAAAGCGACGGCGACCGACAAGGCAAGAGCGAGUCACCGAAAGCUACCAGCAGCGCGCCUUUCAAUAUACGCGGCGAUCGGAAAGGAGUUCUUAUAUAAGUCAGGAGACACAUUGAAAGGUUAGAGGUUUGAACAUAAUAUCGUCACUACUUUGAAAAAUACAUUUCGGAGAGUGCGCUGAGGAACUGUACAACCUUGUUCCUCCGUCCCCAUUUCACCAUAGGACCACCAGACAAUCGGCAAUGCGGCA